UUUCGAGUCUUGACCUAACCCUAACCCAAAUUCCAACUCAAAAGGUUCCCCAAACUCUCUCUCUCUCUCCCUCCCCCCCCUCUCUCUUUCUCGCUCUGAUAUUCUUCGUUUCUAUGGAACCCUUUUCAUCAAAUUAGAAAAACUCAAGGUCAAGCUCAUAUACAGUGGAAUCACAUAUGAGAUUGGACCGAAGAGAUAUGGCUGGUUCAGCUGUUUCAGCUGAAAAUCGUGGCUGAUGCCAAAUACACCGCCCUACUCUUUCCGGAUCAAGGUUAGUAUACAUCUCUCUUGAUUCACCCAAACGCGGAAGGGAAAGCAGCGAGAAGAUCUAAGACAAGCAAUAUCCACAAAAAGAUUUGAAGGAAUUUUGCGAUGGAUCCAGUUGCGGCGCAGGGUCGGCCUCUUCCACCGCCGUUUCACACCAGAGAUCUCCAGCUUCACCACCCGGCUCUUUUCCAGCACCACCAGCAGCCUCCGGUGGAAGAUGAAGUACGGGGCGGAAGCGGCCUCAACCUUGGGCAAAGGCAAGAACGAGACGACAGCUCCUCCGCCGCCGCAACCACAACUGGGAAUACUAACGCCGCCGUCGGAGAAAGCAAGGAAUCGGUUCCCGUCGCAGGAGAAGGGGAGGUGAGGCGGCGGCCCCGGGGCCGGCCCGCCGGAUCCAAGAACAAGCCGAAGCCGCCGAUCAUCAUCACCCGAGAUAGCGCCAAUGCUCUCAGAUCGCACGUUAUGGAAGUGGCGAAUGGAUGUGAUAUUUCGGAGUGUGUGUCCAAUUUCGCGACGAGAAGGCAACGAGGGGUUUGCAUUCUGAGCGGCACCGGCACGGUGGCUAAUGUCACUCUCCGGCAGCCCUCGGCCCCGGGCGCGGUGGUGACCUUGCACGGAAGGUUCGAAAUCCUCUCUCUCUCCGGCUCGUUUCUGCCGCCUCCUGCUCCGCCGGCGGCCUCCGGGUUGACCAUAUACUUGGCUGGCGGCCAAGGCCAGGUGGUUGGCGGGAGCGUGGUCGGUCCACUCAUGGCUGCCGGUCCAGUGGUGAUCAUGGCGGCUUCCUUCGGUAAUGCAGCAUAUGAGCGCCUCCCCCUCGAGGAGGAAGAGCCGCCUGUUUCGGCUCCGGGCAGCGGUGGAGGACUUGGAUCGCCACCGCCACCGGGUGGUAUAGCCAAUCAGCAGCAGCAGCAACUCAUGGGUGAUCCAAAUUCAGGCCUUUUUCAUGGGUUGCCUCCAAAUCUCAUGAACCAGUUGCCAUCUGAAGCCUAUUGGGGCACUGGCCGCCCACCUUACUGAAUUACAGAGAUGGCUUUGUUGCCUUUCUUCUUCUCAUUCUCACCAUGCUUUCUUCUUCUUCUCAUUCUCACCAUGCUCUCUUCUUCUUCUUCUUCUUCUUCUUCUUCUUCUAUCUUACAAGUAGUUGUGUUAAAGUUGUUAAUUAUAUCUCUGCUGGUUACCAGUUUGGUUUAUGGUUGAAGAGGGAUGUACAAAAUCAUGAAUUCUUGGUGGGCUUGAUGAUGAUCAUACUGCCUUUAUCUCAAGUACUAGGUUGCUUUUGCAGUUCAA